AUGGCGCCUAAAAGAAAAUAUAUGCCAGAACAAAUGCGUCGUGCCAUAGAGGCGGUCAAGAGAGGAGAAGCAGUGAGUGCAGCAGCAUCUAAAUAUGGUGUACCUCGUAUCACGCUUAGAAAUAAGGUAACGGGGAUAAGCCCUGCGGUUUGUUCAAUGGGCCCAGCUACAAUUCUUACGGUUCAAGAAGAGCAAAUAUUAGUACAAUGGCUUUUUGCACUAGCCGAUCGACAUUUUCCUAUAUCACGAGAACAGUUACUGGACAGUGUCCAACAAAUAAUAAUUAAGGAUAACAGGAAAACACCUUUUACUAACAAUCGCCCUGGAAAGACGUGGUACCAAGCAUUUCUUAAAAGACAUCCUGAGAUUUCGGAACGAACUGCACAAAAUCUAAUAACAUCACGUGAUAAUGUCACUGAAAAACAAAUCAAAUCAUGGUUUACUGAGAUCAAAAAUUACCUUCAGGAGCAAAACCUUGAGCAUUUGCUGAAACAACCUAGCAGGAUAUUUAAUGCAGACGAAAGUGCAUUCUUUUUAUCACCAAAAUCUGGUCGUGUCUUAGUAAGACGGGGUGAUAAGAAUGUGUAUACCGCAUCUGGUAAUGAGAAAGAAAACUUGACUGUUUUACCAACUGCAAAUGCUGCUGGUCAAAUAGCACCUCCUAUGAUAGUGUUUGCUUAUGAGCGUGUGCCAAAACCUAUAUUUGAUAGCGUACCUGAUACUUGGGGGAUUGGGAGAUCAGAAUCAGGGUGGAUGUGUAGCGAGACUUUUUAUGAGUAUUUCACAAAUAUAUUCCACCCAUGGUUGAUCGAGAAAAAAAUCGAGUUACCAGUCUUAUUCUUUUUGGAUGGCCACGGAUCACAUUUGACGACACAUCUUUCAGACUUCUGUGCAAAAAAUGGAAUAGAAUUAAUUGCUUUGUAUCCAAAUAGUACGCAUAUAUUGCAGCCAAUGGAUAUUGCUGUCUUCCGACCAUUAAAAGUAUUUUGGAAGAGGCAGAUCACUAAAUGGAAGACUGAACAUCCGGGUCAACAGGUUUCAAAAACUUCUUUUGCACCUAUACUGAAAAGCGCUUUAGAUGAAAUUACUAAAGAUUGUAUUAGUAAUGGUUUUCGAGCUGGCGGCAUAUGUCCAUUUGGACCGGAAUAUAUUGAUUUUAGUAAGCUCAACUCAAAAAAUCGAUCAACAGAAAUCACGGAAGCUCAAACUGCUUCGUCGCAAAAUGUGGAGUUUCUACGGAUGUUGGAGGCUGAAAUCGUGAAACUAUUUUCUGACCAAAAAUUAAAUACGUUCAAGAAAUAUUUCUUUCUGCGGAGAACCGAUUUAGAAAAUGAAUUACCUGCUGAGGACGUAGGAUUCUAUAUUUUAUGGGCUAAGUAUAAACACUUAUGCCAUAUUGAGCUUCCACCACAGUCCAGAUCAGAAGAAAUAGAUCUACAAUUCGCAGAAGCAACAGCCACUGAAACCACGUAUUAUGCUAACAAUCCUGAAUCGGAAGUUCUUGUAAAUGAGUUUUCGUCAUGCUCUGGGGCAGUUGAAGUGCUCCCUGUUGAAAUACCGAUAGCUGACAAUUCUCCUCCCACAAUGUGUGCUGUUGAAUCACACAGUGCCCAACACACUACGAUCGACAUUGACUCGGAAUUGCCUAUAAAUAGUGGCGAAUUAAUUGAGCUUCCACCACAGACCCGAUCAGAACAAAUAGAUCAACAAUUCGUAGAAAAGAGAGAUACUCGGACUACCUUUUCUGCUACUAACCCUGAAUCUAAAAUUCUGUUAAAUGAGUUGCUACCAUUCUCUGGAGUACUUGAAGAGCUUUCUGUGAAAAUGCUGAUCGAUGACAGUUCUCCUACCACAAUGUUUACUGUUAAUUUACAAAGUGCUACACACUCUACGACAGACGUCGACUCGGAAUUGCAUAUAAAUAGUGACCAAUUCAAUAACACAAUACCAGCUACAUCUAACGCAGAGUCAGAGAAAGAUUAUGAUAUUAUUAUGGAAUCAGAACAACCUGAGUUGACCAGAAAUGUUGAUUCGAAUAAAGACUCUAUACCAGGUCGAUAUAAUAGUGAUUUAUUAGAUGUUGGGCCUCCUUAUCCUCACCCUAAACCUAUCACUCAGUGUACCGAACCAGAAAUUUUGGUACACUGA